GCGCGGCGGAGCGCGGCGCUGCAGCCAUGGCGGGCGGCGCGCGGCUGCUCUGGGUGUCGCUAUUGGUGCUGCUGGCGCUGCUCCGGCCGCGGCCCGGGCUGGGGCGGCUCCGAGAGCGCCUCCGCGUGCGCUUCACCCCGGCCGUGUGCGGCCUGAGCUGCGUCCAUGGGCCCACUGGCCCUCGCUGCACCCCAACCUGCGCGCCCCGCAACGCCACCAGCGUGGACAGCGGCGCGCCCGGCGGGGCGGCCCCGGGGGGACCCGGCUUCCGCGCCUUCCUGUGUCCCUUGAUCUGUCACAACGGAGGUGUGUGCGUGAAGCCUGACCGCUGCCUCUGUCCCCCGGACUUCGCUGGCAAAUUCUGCCAGUUGCACUCAUCAGGCGCCCGACCUCCGGCCCCGGCCAUGCCAGGCUUCACCCGCUCUGUGUACACCAUGCCACUGGCCAACCACCGCGACGAUGAGCAUGGAGUGGCGUCUAUGGUGAGCGUCCACGUGGAGCACCCGCAGGAGGCGUCGGUGGUGGUGCACCAGGUGGAGCGUGUGUCCGGCCCUUGGGAGGAGGCGGACGCCGAGGCAGUGGCGCGGGCGGAGGCGGCGGCUCGGGCGGAGGCGGCAGCGCCCUAUACGGUGCUGGCACAGAGCGCGCCGCGCGAGGACGGCUACUCGGACGCCUCGGGCUUCGGUUACUGUUUUCGGGAGCUGCGCGGAGGCGAAUGCGCGUCCCCGCUGCCCGGGCUCCGGACGCAGGAGGUCUGCUGCAGAGGGGCCGGCUUGGCCUGGGGCGUUCACGACUGUCAGUCGUGCACGGAGCUCCUGGGUAACUCCAACCAAGUGGGCGCCCCAGAUGGACCGUGUCCAACUGGCUUUGAAAGGGUUAAUGGGUCCUGCGAAGAUGUGGAUGAGUGCGCGACUGCCGGGCGCUGCCAGCACGGGGAGUGUGCGAACACGCAUGGCGGGUACACCUGCGUGUGCCCCGACGGCUUCCUGCUUGACUCGUCCCGCAGCAGCUGCAUCUCCCAACACGUGAUCUCAGAGGCCAAGGGGCCCUGCUUCCGCGUGCUCCGCGACGGCGGCUGCUCGCUGCCCAUUCUACGCAACAUCACCAAACAGAUCUGCUGCUGCAGCCGUGUAGGCAAAGCCUGGGGCCGGGGUUGCCAGCUCUGCCCACCCUUCGGCUCAGAGGGUUUUCGGGAGAUCUGCCCAGCAGGCCCUGGCUAUCAUUACUCGGCCUCUGACCUCCGCUACAACACCAGACCCCUGGGCCAGGAACCACCCCGAGUGUCCCUCAGCCAGCCCCGUGCCCCAUCCUCCACCUCUCGGCCACGCACAGUCUCCACUGCUGAUACCCCUUUUUUACCAGGCUUUCUGCCCACUCAUCGCCCAGAACCCCGGCCUGCGCCACGGCCAGAACCUCGGCCAGAGCCCCGUCCGGGCCCUGAGCUUGCCCUGCCCAGCCUCCCUGCCUGGACUGGUCCUGAGAUCCCUGAAUCAGGUCCCUCUGCAGGCGAGUGUCAGCGCAAUCCCCAGGUCUGCGGCCCCGGACGCUGCAUUCCCCGGCCCACUGGCUACACCUGCGCCUGCGACUCCGGUUUCCGGCUCAGCCCGCAGGGCACGCGCUGCAUCGACGUGGACGAAUGUCGCCGCGUUCCCACGCCUUGUGCUCCCGGGCGCUGCGAAAACACGCCAGGCAGCUUCCGUUGCGUGUGCGGGCCGGGCUUCCGAGCGGGCCCGCGGGGUGCGGAGUGUCUGGACGUGGACGAGUGCCACCGCGUGCCGCCACCGUGUGACCGUGGGCGCUGCGAGAACACGCCAGGCAGCUUCCUGUGCGUGUGCCCCGCUGGGUACCAGGCUGCGCCCCACGGAGCCAGCUGCCAGGAUGUGGAUGAAUGCGUCCAGAGCCCGGGCCUGUGUGGCCGAGGGGUCUGUGAGAACCUGCAUGGCUCUUUCCGCUGUGUGUGCCCGGCUGGCUUCCGGGGCUCGGCGUGUGAAGAGGAUGUGGAUGAGUGUGCCCAGGAGCCACCGCCCUGUGGGCCAGGCCGUUGUGACAACACAGUGGGCUCCUUUCACUGUGCCUGCCCUGCUGGAUUCCGCUCCCGUGGGCCAGGGGCCCCCUGCCAAGAUGUGGACGAGUGUGCCCGUAGCCCCCCGCCUUGCACCUAUGGCCGGUGUGAGAACACAGAAGGCAGCUUCCAGUGCGUCUGCCCCACAGGCUUCCAACCCAACGCUGCCGGAUCCGAGUGCGAGGAUGUGGAUGAGUGUGAGAACCACCUGGCAUGUCCUGGGCAGGAGUGUGUGAACUCACCUGGCUCCUUCCAGUGCAGGGCCUGUCCUGCUGGUCACCACCUGCACCAUGGCCGAUGUACUGAUGUGGACGAAUGCAGUUCAGGCGCCUCCUGCGGCCCCCACGGCCGCUGCACUAACACCGACGGCUCCUUCAGCUGCAGCUGCGCGCCAGGCUACCGGGCGCCACCUGGUCGGCCCGGACCCUGCGCAGACGUGAACGAGUGCCUGGAGGGCGACUUUUGCUUCCCCCACGGCGAGUGCCUCAAUACCGACGGCUCCUUUGCCUGUACUUGUGCCCCCGGCUACCGGCCCGGACCCCGCGGAGCUUCUUGCCUCGAUGUGGACGAAUGCAGUGAGGAGGACCUCUGCCAGAGCGGCAUCUGUACCAACACCGACGGCUCUUUCGAGUGCAUCUGUCCUCCGGGACACCGUGCUGGCCCAGACCUCGCCUCCUGCCUCGACGUGGAUGAAUGUCGGGAGCGGGGCCCGGCCUUGUGCGGGUCUCAGCGUUGUGAGAAUUCCCCCGGCUCCUACCGCUGUGUCCGCGACUGCGACCCCGGCUACCACGCAGGCCCUGAGGGCACCUGUGACGACGUGGAUGAGUGCCAGGAAUAUGGCCCAGGGAUUUGUGGAGCCCAGCGCUGUGAGAAUACCCCUGGCUCCUACCGCUGCACGCCGGCCUGUGACCCUGGCUACCAACCCACGCCGGGUGGCGGAUGCCAGGAUGUGGACGAAUGCCGGAACCGGUCCUUCUGCGGGGCCCAUGCCGUGUGCCAGAACCUGCCUGGCUCCUUCCAGUGCCUCUGUGACCAGGGCUACGAGGGGGCGCGGGACGGGCGUCACUGCGUGGAUGUGAAUGAAUGUGAAACGCUACAGGGUGUGUGUGGAGCUGCCCUGUGUGAGAAUGUGGAAGGCUCCUUCCUCUGUGUCUGCCCCAACAGCCCUGAGGAGUUUGACCCCAUGACUGGGCGCUGUGUUCCCCCUCGGACUUCUGCAGGUACGUUCCCAGGCCCACAGCCCCAUGCACCUGCCAGCCCCAGUCUGCCAGCCAGGCCCCCACCACCAUCCCAGCCCCACCGGCCCGGCCCACCAAGGCAGCCCGUGAGCAGCGGGCGCCGGGAAUGCUACUUUGACACGGCGGCCCCAGAUGCAUGUGACAACAUCCUGGCUCGGAACGUGACAUGGCAGGAGUGCUGCUGCACUGUGGGUGAGGGCUGGGGCAGCGGCUGCCGUAUCCAGCAGUGCCCAAGCACUGAGACAGCCGAGUACCAGUCAUUGUGCCCCCACGGCCGGGGCUACCUGGCACCCAGCGGAGACCCGAGCCUCCGGAGAGACGUAGACGAGUGCCAGCUCUUCCGAGACCAGGUGUGCAAGAGCGGCGUGUGCGUGAACACGGCCCCAGGCUACUCAUGUUAUUGCAGCAAUGGCUACUACUAUCAUGCCCAGCGACUGGAGUGCAUCGACAAUGACGAGUGUGCGGACGAGGAGCCAGCUUGUGAGGGCGGCCGCUGCGUCAACACCAUAGGCUCUUAUCACUGCACGUGCGAGCCCCCACUUGUGCUGGACGGCUCGCGGCGCCGCUGCGUCUCCAACGAGAGCCAGAGCCUCGAUGACAAUCUGGGAGUGUGCUGGCAGGAAGUGGGGGCUGACCUCGUGUGCAGUCGCCCUCGGCUGGAUCGCCAGGCCACCUACACAGAGUGCUGUUGCCUCUAUGGCGAGGCCUGGGGCAUGGACUGUGCCCUCUGCCCCGCACAGGACUCAGAUGACUUUGAGGCCCUGUGCAAUGUGCUGCGACCCCCCGCAUACGGACCCCCGCGGCCAGGUGGCUUUGGACUCCCCUAUGAGUAUGGUCCAGACCUAGGUCCACCUUACCAGGGCCUUCCCUAUGGGCCUGAGUUGUACCCGCCACCCGUCCUACCCUAUGACCCCUACCCACCGCCACCUGGGCCCUUCGCCCGCCGGGAGGCUCCCUAUGGGACGCCACCCUUCGACAUGCCUGACUUUGAGGACGAUGGCGGCCCCUACGGUGAAUCCGAGGCUCCUGCGCCACCCGGCCCGGGCUCCCCCUGGCGCUAUCGGCCUCGCGACACCCGUGGCUCCUUCCCAGAGCCUGAGGAAUCGCCUGAAGGUGGAAGCUAUGCUGGUGCCCAGGCUGGGCCCUACGAGGGGCUGGAGGCGGAGGAGUGCGGGAUCCUGGACGGCUGCGCCCACGGCCGCUGCGUGCGCGUCCCUGAGGGCUUCACUUGCGACUGCUUCGAUGGCUACCGCCUGGACAUGACCCGCAUGGCCUGUGUCGACAUCAACGAGUGUGACGAGGCCCAGGCGGCCGCCCCGCUCUGUGUCAACGCGCGCUGCGUCAACACGGACGGCUCGUUCCGCUGUAUUUGCCGCCCAGGAUUCGCACCCUCGCACGAGCCGCACCAUUGCACGCCCGCCAGGCCCCGGGCCUGAGCGGCAGCCGGCCUGGGCCGCCCGCUCCGCGCCUGCGCACGCGGCGUCCUUGCUGCGCACACCCUCCCUCGGCUGGCGCGCAUGCGCACAGGGAUGACUGACCUGGAGGAGAGGAGGGUCGGUUGGACAGAAGUACAGAAAGAGCGCCCCUCCUACAGACGCCCCGGGCCCGGGCUUAGGCCACGGUCCCCUUCACAUUCCCGCUCCUUUUUAUAAAAAUGUUCAAUUAAAAAACACCUAUUUUGUA